CCAUGAAUGAAGUGUCAGUUCUCCACCUGCCUGUUGAGGAUGCAGCAAAUGAAGUUAUUCACAGCCUGGAUGAGACGGCUCUUAAACACAGUGACAGCCGACUGCCUUUUCAGAUCUUCCCAGACCCUUGUGAAGAGGAAGAGGUUCCAGUGAAGAUGAGGGGGAGGCUUCCAUCCAUUGUGGUGGAACCAACAGACAUCAUUGAUGUGGAGAGUGGGGAGUUAAGAUGGCCCUCAGAGUCUCAAAGGAAGGAGAAAGAAGCAGCCACUCUGGAGGAGGAACAGGAGGAAGACGAAACAAAAAAACAAACAGAUAAAGCAAAGGAGGACGAAAAUUAAGAAGAAUCAAGAUCUGAAGAAGUCUGAUGUUUACUGAGCUGAGAAUACAGAGUUUCAUUCUAAGGGCUAGCUAGAGUCCCGCUCAGCAGACAGCUCAAUGAAUGUAAAUUCUGUGUAACUGCAACUAGUCUAAUACUGAGAAAGACACAUAUAUCUGUGUACCGUGACUCUUAUCUGUAAAUUCUGUAUCUAUUUUGUUCUCUCACUUAUAGCAGGGCAAAAAGAAGUGAACUUUGUCAUUGCAUAGAUAAAUUAAGAUAUUUCUGAACCUGGUAAUUUUUAUCUUCCUUUUAUUGUCUAAAGCAGAACUGAUAGACAAGAGAAAAAUGAGGCAGCUGGGUACAUUCUUUCUACUGUAUAUGGAAACUUUACACCUGGCAGUAACCACAAAAAUCUUAAUUAAAGGGACAUGAAACUCAAAAAAAAUUAUCUGUUCUAUGUAAAAGAGAAUGUUUCAAAAUGAGUCACAUAUUUUGUUUUUUUUUAAGAAUGGGUGUUCCUGUGCUAUGUAAAUCUGACUUUUUCUGUGGGAGUCUCAGUCGUCCCUAUCAGUGAACAGUAGAGUUUACUUUCUGUUAGUUUCACUUUAAAUUUAUGCCGUUUUUAAAUAAAAAAGUAAAAAAAAAAACAGUUUCUAACAUAAUUAACUGCUGCUCUUUUACAAUAUUGUAAUAGUAAUUUAACCACUUAUGCAGUCUUUGGCUUAUUUUCUGCCUCUGCAAUUUUAAAAUAAAAGCUGUCAAGCAAAACAAAUUUUACCAAUAUAAAGAUGUUCUCAGAACCUAA